AUGGCAACGUCGCGAGACCAAGAAGAACGUGGAAGAGUGCAGCAGUCGAGCAACAGGCGGAAUCGUCUUCCUGAUCUCAUCAGUGUGACAAUGAGCGAUGGCUCCCUUGUGGAGAUCAACUUGACUGGAGCCAAUCGAGAAGAACGGGAAGAUGUGGCACGGUUCUUGGACGCACACACUGUAGCCAUGGCACCACCUGCUGCACACCGUGAAUCAAGAGAGCGGUCGCCAAGAUUGGUGUCUUCCUCAGGGCCUACCCUUCGUGUAACUUCACCAGAUGUACAAGACCGUAUCGGGCAACUACCAUCACCGCCCAUCGCAAGUCAUGGCGAGUCAGCUUCUGAUGAAAGAAUGCCGCUUGAGCGAGCUGGAGCCGCGAGCUUCGCGCAACUGCGGCCCCAACGAUGUGAUGGCGCACCCAUGUCAAAGGCAUCAGCGGUGGCCCCAAGAGCGGGGUCAUUGCCUAUGUCCACUGCUGCAGCGGAAUCUCCGUCUGAACAGCGUCGCAAGAAGACGUCGUGA